AUGAUGUGGCAAAUGUUUUGCUCUCUUCUCUUACUAUCUCUACUUGUUAUGUGUACUGGAGAUGAAUCUUUGCCUGAAGUAACUGAGUCUGAACAAGCUCCAAUGGAUAAAAAUGAACGAGAAGCUUUGUACUCUGCGAUUCAAGGAUUUGUAGGUGAUUCUUGGAAUGGCUCUGAUCUCUAUCCUGAUCCUUGUGGUUGGACUCCAAUUCAGGGUGUUUCGUGUGACAUGUACAAUGACUUGUGGUAUGUCACGGAUUUGAGUUUAGGGCUUAUUCAUGAAAACUCGCUUCCUUGCUCCUCAAGUCUUGAGAUAAGGCCAGAGUUAUUUGAGCUCAAACACUUAAGAUCUCUCUCCUUCUUCAACUGCUUCAUCUCUCCCAUGGUGAUAGCUGAAGAAAGCUGGAUAAACUUUGCAGCUAACUUAGACUCGCUCGAGUUUAGAUCUAAUCCUGGCCUCAUUGGGAAAUUUCCUGAAACAUUCGGCAACCUCACAAACCUGAAGUCUUUAGUGAUUCUUGAAAAUGGGUUUAGUGGAGAGCUACCAGCGAGUAUCUGCAACUUAAAAAGUCUAAAGAGAAUGGUCUUUGCAGGGAACUCGUUCAAGGGGAUGAUCCCAAACUGUUUCCAAGGCUUGAAAAAGCUAUUGAUCAUGGACUUGAGCCGCAACUCUUUAUCAGGGACAUUGCCUUCAUCUUUUGGAGACUUGACUUCAUUGCUCAAACUUGACCUAAGUAAUAAUUUCUUGGAAGGGAAGCUACCUCAAGAACUAGGGUUUUUGAAGAAUCUGACACUAUUGGAUCUGAGGAAGAACAGAUUCUCUGGUGGGCUUUCCAACAACAUUGAAAACAUGCAAUCUUUAACGGAGUUGGUGUUGUCAGACAAUCCAAUGAGUGAGGAAAUGGUUGGAAUAAAGUGGGAGAAGAUGAGAAAUUUGGUCAUUUUAGAUGUUUCCAAAAUGGGUUUAAGAGGUGAGAUUCCCAUUGGUCUAACCAAUCUCAAAAGGUUAAGGUUUCUUGGUCUGAACGACAACAAUCUAACCGGUUUUGUUCCGUUGGAACUUGAAGCUUUGACUUGUAUUGGUUCAUUAUACAUCAAUGGAAACAAUCUAAGAGGUGAGCUUAGAUUCUCUAGGAAGUUUUAUGAGAAGAUGGGAAGAAGAUUUAAAGCUUGGAAGAAUCCAAAUCUUUGUCAACCGUUUGAGAUUGUGAUGUCUGAAUCUCAAAAGUAUUUGCUUCCUCUUGGAGUGAAGCCAUGCACUUGA